AUGUACAACACAGAAACCGGGAGCACCUGUUUCGUACUUCCGGUCUACAGGAGCAGCGGCGGCGUCGAGAACGCUGGGGCCAGUACAAGCUACACGCGCAUGGAGGAACCAUCGGACAUUUUUCGUAACGACGCUAGACGCCAGUGCUCCGGAGGUGCCGCAUCAGGCAUGGCUGAAGAAAGUAACAGUGGACACACGCCUCCUGCGUUUACCUUCGGCGACGAAGCAACGCCGAGCACAAGCCAGGAAUUCUUCGAGGGCACUUCGUGCACUUCCGACUGCGGAACUACGAUUUGUGACGACUCCUUCGAAGACCUGUGGAACGCGUUGAACAGCCACAACGAUGCCAGUGAAGUUACGGGCCAUACACAUGUCACUGAAAGCGGAAUCACCAGUUCCCCACGUAUGGUGUCCAGCAGCAGCAUCAAUCACGCACAGCGCAGUACAAGCCGCGCUGGCAUUGAGGAAGCAUCGGCCAUUCCGGAAAACAUUGCUAGCCUUUCUGACCACGCCAGGCGUUACCAAUGGAACACUCAGCAGAGGCCAAUAACCGACGGGACUUACAUCUACGGUGUCACUGACAAUGGUAGCCCAAGUUACCUGCACCUGGGGUCCAGCAGCAGCCUUGGUCACGCAAGGCCCAGAACAAGCCGCACAGGCAUGGAGCAAGCAUCAGCCAUUAUACAAGGCGGCACCAGGGCAUACACGCAACACAGAAACCGGAUGCACUUGUUUCAGACAUCUGGUCUAUAGCAGCAGCCCAGUCGCCAGUACAACCUACGCCCGCAUGGAGGAACCAUCGGACAUCUUUAGAAACGAC